AUGGAACCUGUUGAACGGAAGUCGGAAUCGAGCUACUUCGGUGUGCGCAACAUGCAACCCGAGCAGCGUCUUUCUUUGGACCCUCCCCGCUUGAGGUCAACACCCCAGGAUGAGCUUCAUGAUCUUCUGUGUGUUGGGUUCGGACCCGCGUCCCUGGCCAUUGCCAUUGCUUUGCAUGACGCUCUGGACCCUCGAUUGAACAAGUCCGCUUCCAAUAUUCAUGCACAGCCUAAGGUCUGCUUCCUGGAGCGCCAGAAGCAAUUUGCGUGGCACUCGGGCAUGCUGGUCCCCGGUUCCAAGAUGCAGAUCUCCUUCAUCAAGGACCUCGCAACUCUCCGGGACCCCCGCAGCAGCUUCACUUUUCUCAACUACCUCCACCAGAAGGGCCGUCUGAUUCACUUCACUAACCUCAGCACCUUCCUGCCGGCUCGGUUGGAGUUCGAGGAUUACAUGCGUUGGUGUGCGCAACAAUUUUCGGAUGUGGUGGCUUACGGGGAAGAGGUGGUCGAAGUGAUUCCCGGAAAGUCUGAUCCCAGCAGCUCGGUGGUUGACUUCUUCACUGUCCGGUCGCGCAACGUUGAGACGGGCGAGAUCAGUGCCAGGAGGGCCCGCAAGGUCGUUGUUGCAAUCGGAGGCACUGCAAAGAUGCCUCCUGGACUGCCCCAGGAUCCCCGGAUUAUGCACUCGUCCAAGUACUGCACAACGCUGCCGGCCCUUUUGAAGGACAAGUCGAAGCCUUACAACAUUGCCGUUCUGGGAAGUGGUCAGAGUGCUGCGGAGAUUUUCCAUGACCUUCAAAAGAGAUAUCCCAACUCACGAACAACGCUAAUUAUGCGGGAUUCUGCAAUGCGGCCCAGUGAUGACUCGCCUUUUGUGAAUGAGAUCUUCAACCCUGAACGAGUCGACAAGUUCUACAGCCAAUCUGCCGCAGAACGCCAGCGCUCUCUGACCGCCGACAAGGCUACCAACUACAGUGUUGUCCGCCUGGAGUUGAUCGAGGAGAUCUAUAACGACAUGUACUUGCAGAGGGUGAAGAACCCUGACGAAACUCAGUGGCAGCACCGCAUCCUCCCAGACCGCAAGAUCACACGGGUCGAGCACCAUGGCCCUCAGAGUCGGAUGCGCAUCCACCUCAAGUCAUCCAAGCCCGAGUCGGAAGGCGCAGCAAACGAUGUCAAAGAAGCGCUGGAGGUAGACGCUCUCAUGGUGGCUACGGGCUACUAUCGCAACGCGCACGAGCGACUCCUGAGCAAGGUUCAGUACCUGCGACCUACGGGACAGGAUCAUUGGAAGCCCCGCCGAGAUUACCGGGUUGAGAUGGACCCGAGCAAGGUCAGCUCACAAGCCGGCAUCUGGCUUCAAGGUUGUAAUGAGCGGACGCAUGGCCUUAGUGACAGUUUGCUGUCGGUACUGGCUGUUCGUGGUGGCGAGAUGGUCCAAUCGAUUUUCGGAGAGCAGCUGGAAGGAGCGGUGGUGCAGGGCCACCGGCUACGAGCCAUGCUGUAA